AUGGAGCACUCGGAGAUCCCCAGCCCUGACUCAGAUGGCUCGGGCUCCUCUGAUGAAUACCCUCCUCAAUACCCCAGAACAAACUCAUCAUUUGGAGAGACCGAAGGUCAAAUUCAAACACCUGCCACCACUAUCACGUCUUCCCCUCCCUCCCAUUCCCCAGGCCUUACCCCAUGGUCCACUGCUCCAGUAACACGGCCACGUGGAGCUAGUAUCGGCGCUGCGACGAUCCUCGACAAAUCCGAUGGCCUUGCCAUGGCUAGCGACCCGCGACUCCAGCGCCCGUCCGCUCCGGCAAGGACGCCAUCGAAUACGUAUGCCCCUCAACGACGACCACCACAGUACAUCAGUCUCCAAGAAGACCGCCAACGAUCUUCAUCAACUAAACGAGGCGCCCGACGCGAUCCGAACGCGCAAUACCGGGCCCAAGAAAAAGCCUAUGUCCAACGGAUCAGAGCCAACCCGCAAGCCUGGUACCACCACUUUAAAGACGCACAAGCAAACAACAUGAUCGAUGGAGACGCCGACUUGGAAGACCCCUCACCGUCUUCCGAAGUCGCAUUUGACGAUGAUUCCUAUGACCCCGAUACACAACUCUUCCUCCCGGAUGACAACCUGCCAACUACGGAAGAGCUCAAGCAUCCCAAGAACCAGGAACGGCUUGAGUGGCAUUCUAUGCUGGCAUCAGUCUUGAAGGGAGAUGUUGUCAAGCAAGAGAAGCAACGGCUUAUCGGAUCUGCAGAAUCAAAACGGUCGGCGGCCCAGAGUUACGCACUCUGGAUCGGAGUUCGGGCAAGGACAUGCGGCCGAAGCAUUCCUCUGCAGCGAAAGCUGAUUGAGGACGCACGGUCACAUCUCGGUCCACUCAUUGAGGAUAUCAUUGGGUUCCAGAUCAAAGGUGAGACCGAGAUUGGGAAACCACCGAGACAACAAGUGGAAGACAUUGUGGAAAAGGUCGAAAAGUGCGAGGUUCUCUACUCUUCGCACAAAGAAAUGGAAAUAGCGAAUCCCCGUGUUGCUUCGGAGGAAUUUGUCUCCAGCCGUGCGGCCAUCUUUGCAUGGCAUAACAUCACAGCUCUCAUUAACACUGAGCUGGCCGUGCUGCAAAGCUGGGUAGGGAAUGAAGCCCUCAACUUCAGCGAACCCAGAGUCAAGUCUGCGAAGAACGACCUUUCAGAUGGCUCUUCAUUCCUUGAUCGCAUCAUGAAAGAAGAUGGGCUCAAGACACUCCAAGAUAAGGACGGCAUGCUUCUUCGCAUUCUUGCCGUCGUUCAUAAAGCAAAGAGUACUUUGAUCGAAAACUCGGAAGCAUUUGCUGCACGGCACUUACCACCAUAUAUUGAGGAACUGUUGACUCUGAUCAACUUUCCUUCUCGCUUGAUCCAGGAGAUUAUUCGUGUCCGUCUGUCUUACGCCCAGAACAUGAAGGACCCGGCUUCGCAAGCACCCAUUCUCAUUGAUCAAAUGAUCUCUCAAUUCCAAAUCCUUAUGAAGGUAGCAGUCGACAUCAAGUUCCGCUAUCUUGAUGUUUCCAGGCCAGAACCUGGCUGGGACCUGCCCCCUUGUGUCGAUGAGAAUUUUGACAAUUCGGUGUUGGAUGCUAUGAAGUAUUAUUUCCGGCUCUUGAACUGGAAGCUGAAUGCCAACAAGAACACUUUCAAAGAGGCCGAAAUUCUAGAGCAGGAGUGGGGAUUUUCUUAUGAUAUCGGUCGACGGCUUGACGGUGGAGAUAUCGAGGUGGCGGAGCAGUUUAGCGCAUUGACUGCCAGAUCACUGCAGCGUCUCAUGAUUCACUUCGAGCGUGAACUCGUUCCCCGACCCACUGAAACAGUGCAAGACAUGGACAAACGAUACAAGAGUAUUCUUGACUCAACCCGUAUCCGUCAACGCAAGCUGUACCGCUUCUCCAAAUUUUUGUGCCAACUGUUCGAGAAUGCCACCGAAUACAACAUCACUGCCGAUAUCGCAUACGAUUUCGUCGAGGCUCUUUUGAUCUCCGACCAUUUUCUUGUCACUACGCCCACAUCUGCGGGCCAGAAAGGAGUCUACCUGGUUGCACAUCCUGCAUUGUGGAAUCGACCCGAAGACAUCCAAGCCAUCCUCUCUACCUCUUUCAAAGAGGACGAUACGACCCAAGAUAGCCACAUUCCUUACGUUCUUGCUAUCCGGCCAGAAAGACCCCUUGCUUGGGCCGGAAAACAGAUGGAAGUGAAUUUUCUGGAACACCCAACAGAUGUGCGGUUGGGCAAACUGCGUCUAGUUGUGGAAGGCAUGCAAGAACGACUCCAGAAUGCCCGUGUAGAACUGACAGUUCUUACGGGGAUUCAACUUGAUAUGGUCAUUGAACAACGUGCAAAUCUUGGACGUGUCAACGUUGAGUUGAACAAGAUCAAGAAGAUUUCUUUCAAAUUAUCCAUGACUAUCAUGGAUAGUGUUGCUGUCAUCAAAGACCAGCUGCGAGAGAGACAAUGGGAUAACAAUGAUUUAAUUCAGGCCUGCUAUUCAUUCGCAACAGAAUUUGGCAAAAGAUCCUCCAACUAUGUCGAUGCCAACAGACGAUCAAUGAACAGCGCUCGGUUGGUCGAAUUGUCUCUGGACUGGGUCUCAUUCAUCUGUGAUGAAUGUGAUGCUGCAGACCGGAAGACUUUCAAAUGGGCUGUGGCUGCUCUCGAAUUUGCGAUGGCAAUGACAUCCAGCCGGCAUCUAUUGUCCAUGGAUCAAGAGCAGUACAGUGAUUUCCGAUUGAAAGUUGCCGGGUGCAUGUCACUUCUUAUUUCCCAUUUCGACAUCAUGGGUGCUCGAUCUUCUCUUGCGGCGAAGAACGAGAAGCGCAUGGAAGAGCGCAAUGGAGCCCGACAGAUUGGCGCCGGUCGAAUCACUAGCGACGAGGAAGCAUCACAACUUGUUCGGGACACCUGGCACGCGCGUGUCAUGGAAAUUGAAGAUCGAAGAAUCGAAGCAGAUGCGAAGCGACAGGCCCUCGGAAAGGUAUUGGAGGGGUCUGAUGAAGCGGAUCGGUCACUCACUGUACUAUCCUCUUCAGCUACCAACGUCACUUUGCGCUGGCAACAAGGCCAGUUCAUUGGAGGUGGUACCUUUGGAUCUGUAUAUGUGGCUAUCAACUUGGACAGCAAUUACUUGAUGGCUGUGAAGGAAAUUCGCCUGCAAGACCCACAGCUUAUUCCAAAGAUCGCCCAGCAGAUUCGAGACGAAAUGGGUGUGCUUGAAGUGCUCGAUCACCCCAACAUUGUCUCCUACCACGGCAUUGAAGUGCACCGUGACAAGGUUUACAUUUUCAUGGAGUAUUGCUCCGGUGGCUCCCUAGCCAGUUUGUUGGAGCACGGUCGUAUCGAAGAUGAAACUGUCAUUAUGGUCUAUGCGCUCCAACUCCUCGAAGGUCUGGCAUAUCUCCAUGAGGCCCAUAUUGUUCACCGUGACAUCAAGCCUGAGAACAUUCUGCUCGACCACAACGGUGUCAUCAAGUACGUCGAUUUCGGUGCAGCCAAGAUCAUCGCUCGCACGGGUCGCACAGUCGCCCCAGUAGACAACCUCGGAACCCCCAACACCAAGGAUCCCAUCAACAAAGACGCGAAUACGCGCGGCAAGAACCAAAAGACAACCACUGGAACUCCGAUGUACAUGUCACCAGAAGUGAUUCGGGGCGACGCUGCAAAUCUAGCCGACCGACAAGGAGCAGUAGAUAUCUGGUCUUUGGGAUGUGUGAUCCUAGAAAUGGCCACUGGUCGCCGGCCCUGGUCCACAUUGGACAACGAGUGGGCGAUUAUGUACAAUAUCGCCCAGGGCAAGCAGCCCGUACUUCCAUCUCGCGACCAGCUCAGUGACAUAGGUAUCGACUUUGUGCGCCGCUGUUUCGAAUGUGAUCCUGCUCGCCGCGCAACUGCCGCCGAAUUGCUGCAGCACGAAUGGAUUGUUUCUAUCCGUCAGCAGGUCGUCGUGGAACCCCCUACCCCAGGUAGCGACUACAGCAGCAGUUCCAGUUCGACGACUACUACUCGCCAUAACUCGGCAUACAUGUGA